AUGGGCAUCAAGGGAAUCUACCUUGCUGGCACUGUUCUGAUGAACCAGCCAUGGGGCUCUGAUGGCUAUUCCGCUCUGGAUACCACGCUUUUGGAUCAACACUUUGGCGACAUCCAUGAAUGGAGGGAUGCGAUCACUGAAAUCCAUCGCCGGGGCAUGUAUGUCAUAUUUGACAACACUGUUGCAACGAUGGGAGAUCUAAUCGGUUUUGAGGGCUAUCUGAACACAACAACCCCCUUCCGAAUGAGCGAACACAAGGCAAGUUGGAAGUCCGAUCGCCAUUAUGCUGACUUCCAUUUUGGGAAUUCCUACAACGAAACUUGCGAGUAUCCGCGCUUCUGGAAUGAGACUGGCUUCCCUGUUGAUCAAUAUGUCGAUGACGAGCUCAAAGGUUGCUACGAUAGCGAUUUCGACCAGUAUGGAGAUAUUGAAGCAUUUGGUGUCUAUCCUGACUGGAAGCGUGAGCUUGCCAAAUUUGCUUCCGUCCAAGAUCGCCUUCGUGAAUGGGUCCCUAGUGUCCGCGAGCGAAUAAUUAGGCAUUCAUGCAUGAUCAUUCAUUCGCUAGAUAUUGAUGGAUUCCGUUAUGAUAAAGCUACGCAGGUGACUGUGGACGCGCUGGGUGAAAUCUCGAGCGCUUACCGAGAGUGUGCUCGGAGUGUUGGGAAGCAUAAUUUCUUCAUCCCUGGAGAGAUCACGUCGGGGAAUACAUUCGGCUCAGUCUUCCUGGGACGUGGUAGGCAGCCGGACAUGGUUCCGGAAACCCUCGAUGAAGCUUUUCACCUGACCAACAGUUCCAAUUCCAGUUAUUUCAUCCGCAGUGUAGACAAGCAAGCUAUCGAUGGAGCCGCUUUCCAUUAUUCGGUGUACAGAUCUUUGACUCGCUUCCUUGGAAUGGACGGCAAUCUCGCCGCUGGAUACGAUGUUCCAGUCAGCUGGACAGAGGCAUGGUACGAUAUGAUUCUCACCAAUGAUCUCGUCAACGCAAAUACUGGUGAAUUCGAUCCAAGACACAUGUACGGGGUUACCAAUCAAGAUGUCUUCAGAUGGCCAGCCGUCGAGCAAGGCCUUGAGAGACAACUUCUUGCGCUCUUUAUCACGACUUUGCAUAUGCCUGGUAUUCCUCUCCUUCUUUGGGGAGAGGAGCAAGCUUUCUACAUUCUCGAUGCCUUGGCUUCCAAUUACAUUUAUGGCCGCCAGGCGAUGUCACCAGCGACCGCAUGGAAGAAUCACGGCUGUUUCCAUCUGAACUCCACCCAAUACUUUGACUGGCCCAUUAAGUCAGGUCGGGAAGGCUGUCACGAUGAUUCUGCUACAUAUGAUCAUCGGGAUCCAGCACAUCCCAUCAGGAACACCAUCAAGCAUAUGUAUCAGAUGCGAGAAGACUACCCCGCGCUGAAUGACGGAUGGUGGAUCCAGUUACUGUCUAACCAAACACGUGAGAUUGUUUAUCCAGGGUCAAAUGGCGUUCCUACUGAGACAGGCAUGUGGUCGAUCAUGAGGAGCCCUUACUACCAGAAGCAGAAUCUUGGAGCAUCAGGAAAUCAAACUGUCUGGCUCAUGUAUCAAAAUGAUAACAAAACAGUUGACUACAAGUUCGACUGUUCCGACACGGACACGGCUCUUGUGUCGCCCUUUGACACCAACACCACGGUCAAAAAUCUAUUCUAUCCCCACGACGAGCUCACCCUUGUGAACAGUCCAACCAAACUACAUCUCAAUGGAUCCAAAGAAUUCAACGGCUGUCUAGACAGCUUGACACUGAAGCCUUAUGAGUUCAGAGCCUAUGUCCCAAAGAACAAUUUUAUCCCGCCACGGCCUAUGAUCACCGAGUUUACUCCAGGGCACGACGUUCCGGUGCUUUCCACUGCAUCUCCCGGCGAGAGUGAAGACCUCAACAUCACUUUGUACUUCUCUACCGAAAUGGAUUGCAAAAUUGUCACUCAGUCCAUAUCUCUCGAAUCUAGCACCGAAAAUGACGAAGUGCCAUCUGUCGCUCAAGAUAGCGUCAGCUGUCAAUUCGAAGACCCUGAGGAAUCCUCAUUGACAGGGCAUAUUCCAAGCACCUGGUCCUGGUCAGCUACUUUAAUCGGGGUAUACAACGGGAUUCACCGAUUGACAGUGAACAACGCAUCAAGUGCAGAUGGAAGGCCAACUAAUGCAGUCGAUCAUUUCUUGAUUCGCAUUGGGCAGCUUGACAACCCCAUGGUCUUCUCCACCGCGAAUUACUCCACAAGCCUCCUCCACAAACACGGCCGUGACGGUCUUUUCAUCCAGCAACACGCAGCAGGGGCAGAUCUUUAUCGGUACUCUACCAACUGGGGCAGCUCAUUCUCCGACUGGAUUACCUAUGAAGGCGGCAAUCACACAAUUGAAAGACAGCAUUGGUCGGGACAAAAGCUCAAGCGUGGAAGGGAAGGAGACACUUCUGACUACAAACCGGUCAUUCCACGUCGAUUCCCACACCUCUUCUUCAAUGGACCGUUCAAUGGAUAUGGGUAUGAUGCGGGCAUCGCGAACACUGUCAAGCAGGACAGUGAUGGUAUAUGGAAAUUCCGUUUCAUGGCGGAAUGGCCAGCUCAAGGUCAGCUCAACGUUUGGGGUAUAAACCCUGAUGGGCAGCCGGAUCAGAGCUACAUCUUUGGUGAUUCCGAUGGUGAUUCUGUAUUGGACCGCCUCCCUCCAUCUUCGUUGAGUGUGACAUCGAUCAAUAUCACCCAGCAUCCACCCCGCCCGCACUUGGCAUGGCAGAUACACCUGGAUGACUCAAGUUUAAGAUUCAAGCUUGUGCCAGCGGGGUCAGAAUACGUUCAGAUGGCCCUCUUCUUCAUGCUUUGGAUCAUCCCCAUACUCAGCGCCUGCACUACUGCUUUCAUUUUCAUGAAGUCCUUCUAUCGCAUCAAGUUCAACCAAGUGGGUGUCAGUGAGAAAAAGACUUUGAUCUCGCUUGAUCUCUUGAACAGACUGAAAGCUGAGAAAACUCCCGAGGGUGGAUCAAAGAGCUUUCUGGCUCGCCUGGCCAACAAAUCCAGGUUUCUCCAGAGCAACACGGCUUUUGGCAAUCGGAAUCAUCAACGGCGGAAAGUUUUGGUCGCGACCAUGGAAUACGAUGUUGACGACUGGGGCAUCAAGAUCAAGAUCGGUGGCCUGGGCGUCAUGGCACAGCUGAUGGGGAAACAGCUCAGCCACGAAGACCUGAUAUGGGUCAUUCCAUGUGUUGGUGGAAUACAAUAUCCUGUGGAUAAACCUGCAGAAUCGAUGUUUGUCACGAUCCUGGGCAACUCCUACGAAAUCAAGACUCAGUAUCACCACCUGCGAAAUAUAACAUACGUCCUCUUGGACGCCCCGGUUUUCAGACAACAGACAGCUGGAGAACCAUAUCCAGCUCGGAUGGAUGACAUGGAUAGUGCCAUCUACUAUUCAGCCUGGAAUCAGUGUAUUGCGCAAGCUAUGAAGCGAUUCCCGAUUGACUUGUACCAUAUCAAUGAUUACCAUGGCGCAAUCGCUCCCCUAUAUGUGCUCCCAGAAACCAUUCCAGUCUGUCUGUCUCUUCACAAUGCAGAGUUCCAAGGGCUAUGGCCCAUGAGAACCCACAAGGAGAAAGCCGAGGUGUCCUCCGUCUUCAAUCUCGAUCUUGAUGUGGUUACACGAUACGUUCAAUUUGGAGAAGUCUUCAAUCUGUUACACGCAGGUGCCAGUUACCUUCGGCUUCACCAACAAGGAUUCGGAGCGGUUGGCGUUUCCAAGAAAUAUGGUAAGCGCUCAUACGCACGAUAUCCGAUUUUCUGGGGUCUACGGAAGGUGGGGAAUUUGCCGAACCCUGAUCCUUCAGAUACUGGAGAGUGGAACAAGGAGGUCCCCAAAGAGGACGAGAUCAAUGUGGACAGCGAGUUUGAAAAAGGAAGAGCAGAACUCAAACGUCAAGCACAAGAGUGGGCAGGCCUUCAUCAGAUCCCCGACGCAGACCUUUUGGUCUUCGUGGGCAGAUGGUCAAUGCAAAAGGGGAUAGAUCUAAUCGCAGAUGUGAUGCCCGCUGUGCUAGAAGCUCGACCAAAUGUCCAGCUGAUUUGCGUGGGGCCGGUUAUUGAUCUCUAUGGCAAGUUCGCUGCGCUCAAGCUGGACCGAAUGAUGAAACUAUAUCCAGGCCGCGUGUUUUCGAAGCCUCAGUUCACCGUAUUGCCUCCCUAUAUCUUUUCCGGUGCGGAAUUCGCGUUAAUCCCAUCACGAGAUGAGCCAUUCGGCUUAGUUGCCGUAGAAUUUGGUCGCAAAGGUGCCCUUGGGAUUGGUGCUCGCGUUGGGGGGACUUGGCCAAAUGCCUGGAUGGUGUUAGCAAUUGACAGCGCACUCUCCUCUAAACAGGAAGUGCGAGCCAAAAUGCGAGCACGGUCUGCCAAACAACGUUUCCCUGUUGCUCAAUGGAUCGAAGAUCUGGAGAUACUCCAGUCUACUGCAAUUCGCGUUCACAAUAAGGAGCGAUCGAAGUCACAGGCUCAGACCAACGCUGCGAACUCUGCUUAUAACGCCAUUUAUGGCAUGAUGACCCCCCAAGUGGCAGUUUCCGUAAAAUCUGGCGCCUCUGGUGGAACCGUCACGCCCCCGUUACAGUCCCCAAGUCGUCCAAGCACUGUUGCGUCGAUGCAGCGGAGUUCCGUGGUCUACAGCCGCGACCCUAGCCCAGGCGAUAAUGCCAGGCCCAAAUCCGGUCUCAGCAGACAGCUUUCCUUUGGGGUCCGACCUGUCUCCGCCCCAUCAGAUGGCCGCGGCCGCGUGCGCGAAGCAGGCAAGGGAAGUAUUUGUGAUGCCGACGAAACCCCAGGCACAGCCACUCCAGACAUUGCCGAAGACAGCGACGAUGAGAUCAUGUCAACCUGCUAUGGCGACGACGAAGAGACCAUAGGCCCCGAGUCAACCGAGACGAUCCGCCGAGCUGAUGCGCCUUCCCCCCCUGCCUCGUCUUCUGGAGUCCCGCUGACCCGAGAGCUUCUUGCAGCGCGUCGUGCCAGCCAGAGCUCCCUUAUAGCUCGAUCUAUAGGCUCGCCCUCAAGUUCCACCGUACCUAGCGUCAUUGGCACAGAAGAUACUCUUCUCCCUCCGUCCAGACCGUGGGCAGAGCCUGGGCAUAAAUUGAGCAGCGCAUCUGUCUUAUCGGUCGACUCCGUCGUGGGUGACAAGAAGGAUUACAAGCUACAAAAAGUAGAUCCCAAUUUCACCGACAGCAAUGGCGAGUACUACCGCGCCUUUGAAAAGAAACUCGAAGAUCUGAACGGCACAAACUCCGACUCGCAGCUGUGUAUCGAGCAGUAUCUCGAGAAGAGUGAAAAGAAGUGGUUUGACAGGUUCCGCGAUGCUCGUCUAGGGCGCAACCAAUCUCCAGCGACAUCGGUGCCGUUUGGAAAGACAGGUAAUUCGCCCCCGGGAUCGAUCACCAACGACGACGCCACUUCCCAUGAAAGUGGCGGGCACGAGCGAAAAGAAGGAGAUGAAUUUUUCCUUGGAGCAGAUUAUGUUCCACCAACCGGACUUAAGAAGUGGAUGCAGAUGCGCCUAGGCGAUUGGCCUGUAUACUCCUUAUUUCUCGGUCUUGGUCAAAUCAUUGCAGCGAACUCGUAUCAGAUUACUCUGCUUACCGGUGAAGUCGGCCAAUCUGCGGAAAAGUUGUACGGGAUAGCCACCGUAUACGCGAUCACGUCGGCUCUUUGGUGGCUCUACUUCCGCUUCUGCAAAUCCGUGCAUGUUCUCACUUUGCCGUGGUUUCUAUACGGACUUGCAUUCCUCAUCAUCGGCCUCGCUCACUUCGAGCCAAACUCGUUUACCAGAGGGUGGAUUCAGAAUGUGGGCAGUGGGAUAUAUGCCGCUGCUUCCUCGAGCGGUUCGAUAUUUUUCGCUCUCAACUUCGGUGAUGAGAGUGGCGCACCGGUCAAAAAGUGGGUGUUCCGUGCCUGUCUGAUCCAAGGGACGCAGCAAGUCUAUGUGAUUGCCCUUUGGUACUGGGGUUCGACCUUGACAAAGGCCAAUAACGCUGGCGUAGCUAACGUCCAAGGCAACAUCACGAACACUUGGAGAAUGACCGCCAUCUGUACUCCGAUAACAAUCUUCCUCUGGAGCGUGGGACUUAUAGUCUAUUUUGGACUGCCGAACUACUACCGUCAAGCCCCAGGCAAAGUCCCAUCUUUCUAUAAGUCAGUGUUUCGACGAAAAAUUGUACUUUGGAAUUGGGUUGUGAUCAUCAUUCAAAACUUCUUCCUGAGCGCCCCUACGGUCGAAAUUGGAACUAUCCUGAUCCUCUGCGUCGUGUUCUUUGGCUUCGCCUGGAUCGCAGUCCUCUUCCUUCUAGGCUGGAUAUCCAAGUCACACAGUUGGAUCCUACCGAUCGUAGCCUGUGGGCUCGGUGCGCCUCGCUGGGCCCAGAUAUGGUGGGGCACCUCUGGAUCGGGCGUGUUCCUUCCAUGGGCAGGCAGCUACGUCUCUGGCGCGCUGGUGUCGCGCAGUCUCUGGCUGUGGCUGGGGGUCCUCGAUGCGUUGCAGGGCCUGGGCUUCGGAAUGAUCUUGCUGCAAACGCUCACGCGUAUGCAUAUUUGCUUCACGCUCCUUGUAUCUCAGGUCCUUGGCUCCAUAGCGACCAUCUGCGCCCGGGCUUUUGCACCUAAUAAGAUUGGCCCCGGGCCUAUCUCGCCCGACAUCACAGCUGGUGCGGGCGCUUUGGCAAAUGCUUGGUUCUGGGUUGCGUUGCUUUUUCAACUCUCGAUUUGUGGUGGCUUUUUGCUCUUUUUCAGACGGGAGCAGCUCUCCAAGCCGUAG